AUGCCUCCUUCUCAGCAGCGCAUCAACGAGCUGCUCGAGACCCUGAAGCAGGAGUUUGAAACAGUCACAAACGAGGCUUCGCUCUACCGCAUGCACAAGGAUGAGUUUGAUCACAAGUACAACUCCCAGGCCGCAGAGAUGCAGCAGAUCCGACAAAAUGUCUACGAGCUCGAGCUCAACCACCGGAAAAUGAAGGACCACUACGAGGAGGAAAUAGCGCGCCUUAAACGGGAACUGGAAGCCCGGGGCGGACAUAUCCCGGCCUCGGUCCAGUCCGUCUCCCAAGGCGCACCCGUGCCACCACAGCAGCCCGCCUCUGGAGCGUCGAGCGCAGCGCCGCCAUCGCUCGGCCACUCUUCGUCGAACGUGUUCCAAGGGAUCAUGUCUGGCCAGAGCGGACCUACCGGCGCAGCACUUGCACCUCCGCAAGACAGCACUGGUGCACAGGCCGGCGGACAGCCGCAGCAGCCACCUCCAGGCCAGGCCGGAUACGGGGCCUCUGGCUACUUGAACGGAUACCACAAUCAGGCACCUCAGGGCGGCGCUGCUCCGCCGUCGCAGGCUGCACCUCAGGCGGCCGCUCAGACUCCGCAGGGACAGCAGGCACAGGCGCAGCAGGCACAGCAGGGAUCUGCGGCUCCUAUUGCUCCUGCAGCGGCGGCCACGACACCGCAGAUGUCGCAGGGACGGGUGCUUGACUCGCGAUCGUCGCCGCACGUUGCGCGGGCGAGCCCUGGACCACCACAGGGCAACAACCUCGCUGAUCUGGACUUUGAUCGGGUGCCGAACGAGUACAAGAAGCAGGCGAACGACUGGUUUGUGAUUUACAAUGACCGCGCGCCGCGGGUGUUGGACGUUGAUCUUGUGCACACGCUGGACCAUCACUCGGUUGUGUGCUGCGUGCGGUUCUCUGCUGAUGGGAAGUAUGUUGCGACGGGAUGCAACCGAUCCGCGCAGAUUUACGAUGUGCAGACGGGACAGCGGAUAUGUCAUUUGCAGGACGAGUCGGUUGACCGGGAAGGAGAUCUAUACAUUCGCAGUGUGUGCUUUUCGCCGGACGGCCGGUAUCUGGCGACGGGAGCGGAGGACAAGCAGAUUCGGGUGUGGGAUAUCAAGACGAAGACGAUCCGGCACCAAUUUAGCGGGCACGAGCAGGAUAUAUAUUCGCUUGACUUUGCGCGGAACGGACGGCAUAUCGCGUCAGGAUCCGGAGACCGGACGGUGCGGGUGUGGGAUAUGGAAGGGGGACAGUGUGUGCUGACGUUGUCGAUUGAGGACGGCGUGACUACUGUUGCGUUUUCGCCAGACGGACGGUUUGUUGCGGCGGGAUCGCUGGACAAGAGCGUGCGGGUGUGGGAUGCGAGCACUGGGUUUUUGGUUGAGCGGCUGGAGGCACCGGACGGACACAAGGACAGUGUGUACUCGGUUGCGUUUGCACCGAACGGCAAGGAUCUUGUGUCGGGAUCGCUUGAUAAGACGAUCAAGCUCUGGGAGUUGCAGUCAGCCCGGGGAUUGUCGGGAAGCCACAAGGGAGGAGUGUGUGUGAAGACGUUUACGGGGCACAAGGAUUUUGUGCUGUCGGUUGCGCUGACGCCGGAUGGACAGUGGGUGCUGUCGGGAUCGAAGGAUCGCGGAGUGCAGUUUUGGGAUCCGCGGACGGCGCAGGCACAGCUGAUGCUGCAGGGACAUAAGAACAGUGUUAUUUCUGUUGCGCCGAGUCCGAGCGGGAAGCUGUUUGCGACGGGAAGCGGAGACUGCCGGGCACGGAUCUGGCGGUACAGCGUGCUUGGGCAGCAGUGA